AUGUCAUUAAACAUAUCAUUGUACACGGUCUCAGCCGUGUUGAUACUAGACAAUGAAGGGGGUCGGGUUUUUGCCAAAUAUUACCAGUCACCGGAAGAUCCCAGUAGCACAGAUGGACCAUUGAGUAACUUAACGGGCCAAACCAAGUUUGAAAAAUCAUUGUUUGAGAAAAUCAACAAGAUGAACCAAGACAUCAUAUUAUAUGAUAACCAUUUGGUCACAUAUAAGCAGACCAAUGAUGUGAUUAUAGUUGUGGUGGCGAAGUUGAAUGAGAAUGAAUCGUUGAUUUAUAGUUUAUGUGCUAACUUAUUAGAGAGUUUGACUGUAUUGCUUGAUCGUGCAGUUGAUAAGCUGACGAUUUUGGAGAAGUUUGAUAUGGUUGCACUUUGUGUUGACGAGACUAUUGAUGAUGGGAUUAUCUUGGAGAUUGACCCAGCCAUUGUGGUGAGUAGAGUUACCAAUCCUCCUUCCAGUUCAUCUUUGGCCACGGAUACUGGUUCACUUAAACUUGAUCUUAGUGAGAGAGGGUUCAUGAAUGCCUUAUCGUUUGCUUCUAAAAAGAUCGGAGAGAGGUUACAACAAGGGUUGUAG